AUGGAUUCUCUUUCUUGCUCUUCGACAAAGAUGAACAACAACGACAAGGUCUCUGUCAGAAACAAAACUCGUUUCAAGAACACCAAUUUGAUCACAAGACAAAAGACCAUCCUCAAGAAGGCUUUAGAGCUCUCCGUCCUCUGCGAUAAUGAAAUCUGUGUCAUCCAUUACGAUCUUGAAGGAAAUCUCGUCGAAACUUACCCUGAAGAACAGAGCAAUGUUAAAGAUAUUCUCGAGAGGUAUAACAGUUUAAGCGACAGAGAAAAAAUCAAGAAAAGCACGAAUCUUUCUCAGUUCUGUAACAAGAAACUCGUUGACGAGAAGAAAAGAUCUCUUACUAACGCAGAGGAACACAGAAAGUUCACAAAGAAAGUUGGAGAGUUCGAGGGUUUUUUGAUUGAUCAGUUUCAUAUAUUACAAGACAGGUUUCGUGAUCUUUCUUAUUCCCAGGAUGAUCAAUAUCAUCAGACCACAACCGCGCGUGAUCAGAACCCUUCUCUUGAUGUUAUCUCUGAAAAAGAUCACAACUUUCCGGCGUCUUCUGGCUUCUUCCUCGCCAGUGACUUGUCUUCUUCACUAAUCGAGGAGAAUCCAUUGAUGAAUUUUAGACCGCACGAUCUUGAUCAACAACAACAAGAGACAAGAUCGGUAAUGAAUCUUCUCAUGAGUGGUGAUCAUCAUGUGUCAGCAAGUACCGAUCAACAAUAUCUCCUGAGCCCUCCUGCUUCUUCUUCCUCAACCGCAUGUUCGUUGAAUCAACAGAGCAAAUUCUCAGUCUUUGUGUUUAACCACGAAACGGCUACGUUUACUCAACUUCCCAACUCUGUUUCUUCAAGAUUUGACCAAGGGUUGACUCCGUACACCAACAAUCUCAGUACAGGUUUACAUGGGGUACAAGGGUCGAACUUUGUCUAUGACCACAAUCUCAACGCACAAGGGUUCAACUUUGGGUGCAGCAACAAUCUUAACACACAAGGCUUUAACUUUGGGUGCAACAACAAUCUCUGUACAUGACUGAGCAAUGAAGGCACUUCAACCUUGUUUUGAUCCUCACAGACACCACAAUGGAACUCUUACUGAUCAACACAUAGCUUCUGAUUAAUUCAUCUUAUUAAUCAAUUGUGUAUUACUCUCUUUUUUUUGUGUGUAAAUCUCUGGAAACCAAGUUCUUAUUUCUAUAUAUAAUAUGUAUGCCUUUUAACAUUGAUUCUUCUUUCAAGUUCCACUUUUAAAAGACUUGUGUGUAUGUCUCUUAGUCUCUAUGCUUUUGUCUUU